UUUAUUUGAUCAAGAUACAGUAGCAAAAAGCAAAUUUAAAUUAGCAAAUUGCCAUAAACUACAACUAAUAAAUGAAGCCUUUAAAUAGGAUGCAACUUAGCAUAGCCAAUGCACUUACCGACAUGUUUUUGGGAGUUGGGAAGAAACCAGUUUCCAGAAGAAACACAAACUCAGGAAAAUAUAGACAGUAACCCAAACUCCAGAUCAAACCAGUAAUGCUGUCACACUGUGACUCCCUUUUGCCAACUCUAACAGUAAUAUCAAAUAAAGCAAAGAAUUGACUGCCGCUAUACUGCCGCUAUAAGCAUAGCCAGUAUACAUUAUUUACCUCUUUUACUUGAUCAUGAAUGAUAUGGGUUUAAUCUAAACCUCUUCUAUAGACAAAGAAGCGGGAAGUAUGUUUGAUGAGUGUGCUGCAGCACUCCCAACUUUCCUGAUGUAUUUAACUGCAAAACUUAAUAUGGGCAUCAGCAAAAAGAGUUUACAUAGCCAAUAAUAAAGCACAAAGAAAAAAAGUAGUUUUUGUGUUGAAAAUUCCCAUUUUUUUUAUUUUUACUGAGAAACACUUUUUGAUUUUUAAUUGUUUAACAUUAUACAGAGUUUUUGGCUAACUGACUAACUGACUUUUGGCUAAAUCGAAAAGCUGGGGGUAUUGAUGGCUGCUUUAAAAGUUCACUUAAGAAUAAUAUAUGUUAAACAAACAAUAACAAAAAAAGAAAAGAAAACUACAGCAUAACAAUUAUAGGCUUUUUCGUUGUUUAAAAUGUAUCCACCUGUAUAAAGCUUAGAUUGUUAAAUUAGAAUAAGCACAUUAAUAUAAACAUUUUACCAACGUCCUAGCAUUAGAAACUGUGACAAUUAAUUAACACCUAACUGGAGAAUUGUUGAACCAAUUAAUUAUAAUACUCUUUGGAUAAAGUGAGUGCAAAGGAUAAAUAAACGCAGAAUAAAACUAUAUUUAUUAAAUAUUUAAAAUAACCUUAUUUGAAUUGUUCAGUUAUACAUUUACAAAACAAAUACUGAAGCUAUUACUGGAUUUUUUUAAACUUGGUUAAAGGCCCACUCAUUCUUGUUUAGGCUUUCCAAUGUGGAAAUAACAGUCACAGAGACAUGACAAACAUGUACAAAAGAUAUUCAAAGUUUAUUGUUAGUGAGAAUGCAUAAAUAGACCUCCAUGAUGACUAUGAGACCAUUGAGUAACAUAUCAGUACAUGAUAAACAACAUUGUCAAAGGCCAUACUGUUCUCGGAACAUAUGUACGCAUCUUUCAUAAGGAUGUGACAGUCGCAGCAUGACAAUAUGAAAAGAAUGCUUAUAAGAAGUAGUCACAAAAACUAGCUAAAUUGCUCCUUGUAGAAUACCUGAAUAAACGAUUUGGAAUAUUAUCUAACAAAUUGUCUCUGGCUGCAAAAAAUGUAAAAAAAAAAAUAAAUAAAAAAAAACACUACUCUUUACAAAAUAUUCCACAAUUAUCUCCUAAUAGGUCCUGUGAGUCCACUAUUGUUUUUUAAUGGUUUAGAUUGGUAAUGGAAAACAAAUUAAAGUAGGUAACUCAGUCUGCAGUAAGGGGCUUUCACUUAUUGCACACUUUCGACAGUACAGGGCCAUGGUUCCAAAAUGAAUAAGUAAAUAUAAUAGCAAAUAAACACAAAAAGUUGCGAAUAUGCAUCGGGCCACGUUUACGAAGACAUCCCAGUGAGGUGUCUACUAGUUUAGUCUCUCUCACACACAUUAGACCACUCAUAUGACUGCUUACUUAUUUCAAUCCACACCUUAUGGCUUGCUAAUGACGUGUAAGGAAUCGCACCUCGGUCUCCUUUGAUGCCUGCACUGUAUGUGAUGGUUUAAUGAAUCCGCUGAGAGCAUGGCGUCAGUGCUUCAGAAACGCGCCAAUGUCUCUGCUGUUAAUCGUGUUUUAUUACCGGACUUAUCAGGCUUAAAUAUUCCCCGAGAAUACUGCUUUAAUGGGGAAAAAAAGUAAAGACACAGUUCCUAGGUAACAUCAUGGUAUAUGCAAAGUUGAAAACACAAUGCACGUCUUGCUGUAUUACUUACAUGAAAGUAGUUUAAAAGAUAAAAAAAAAAAACACUUUUAAUCAGCUUGGAUUUUGGCUGGUCUGCAAAGCUCUACCCCAAAGCACAAUGCUCGCAGUUUGACUUAAUUAACCGCACCUGAGUUUCUCGCCGUGUUUAUUCAAAAUGGAAAGCUUUUGCCGUAAGUAUUUGAGCCUUGGGUCACCGAAAGAAGGCAUCCCAGAGGACUCGGAGGACGCACUGGCAUCAAUGGGCUUUUGUCAGUUCCUCGCAUCUUUGGUCCUGUCUAUAAGCUGUCAUGUAUUAUCCUCAACAGCAUGGUCAGUGAAUAACUUUCUGAUGACAGGACCGAAGGCAUAUCUUAUUUAUUCCAGUAGCGUGCAAGCAGGAGCACAGCGCGGCACUGAAGAGUGUAAAUACCAGUUUGCAUGGGACAGGUGGAACUGCCCGGAGAGUGAAUUUCAACUGUCAAAACAUAAAGGAUUGCGAAGGGCAACCAAAGAAACGGCUUUUAUACAUGCCAUAAGUGCGGCUGGAGUUAUGUAUACAUUAACCAAGAACUGCAGCAUGGGAGACUUCGAUAACUGUGGCUGUGAUGACUCUAAAACUGGAAAAAUUGGAGGCCGAGGUUGGAUUUGGGGUGGAUGCAGUGAUAAUGCUGACUUCGGGGAGAACAUUUCUAAGCAGUUUGUAGAUACGAUGGAAAAUGGGCAUGAUUCGCGUGCUGCUGUAAACCGUCACAACAACGAGGCUGGCAGACUUGCUAUCAGAGCGAUGAUGAAGAGAUCGUGCAAGUGUCACGGAGUGUCGGGGAGCUGCAGCGUUCAAACUUGCUGGAUGCAACUGUCUGACUUCAGGGACGUCGGUAACUACCUGAAAAUCAAAUAUGACCAGGCACAGAAGCUCGAGCUGGACCAGCGACGCAUGCGCGCCGGGAACAGCGCAGAGAACCGCGGCGCGAUCGCUGACACGUUCAGCAGCAUCGCGCGCACCGAACUCAUCCAUCUAGAGGACUCCCCAAAUUACUGUGUGAAAAAUCUGAGUCUUGGAUUGCACGGGACUGAAGGCAGGGAGUGUUUGCAGACUGGCAAUAAUUUGUCGCAGUUUGAGAAACGAAGCUGCAGAAGACUUUGCCACGAGUGUGGCCUUAAAGUAGAGGAAAAAAGGAUAGAGAUCGUGAGUAGCUGUAACUGCAAAUUCCACUGGUGCUGCACGGUGAAGUGUGAGAAGUGCACACAAUUCGUGACAAAAUACAUCUGUUCAAAAAGGAACAAAAACAUUCGACCACAUAACAGUACACGAAGGAGGCAGCGUGUACGCAGUUAAUCCCCUUUGCCUAUAUAUAAAAUCCAAAGUGUAUAUUUGUACAUGCUGACGAUUAUUUUAAAGCUAUCAAUAAGAAAAUGAAACUUUUUUACUUUGCUGAUUUAAUUUCCAGUACUUAUGUUCUAUAUGUGCACUUUUUGCCCUUAAUAUUUGGUUUACUAAAAGAUAAAUAUUUGUUCCUUGUAAUGAACACAAACUUCUAACACAUAUUGCCUGACAAUGUUUACUGCACAAUGGUUUAAAUGUUUGUUACUUUUUUUUUUUUUUUACCUUUAAGUGUAUAUGAUAUUUUAAACUCAAGUAGAAUACAUUAAAUAGUUUGGAAAUA